AUGAAUAACCAUGUCAAUACACAAGCCCAAUUCGCUAACGAUAUGGAUCUAGCAACAAUCUUCGAACUUCCGAUAGAAGUUCGAGAUCAGAUCUGGGAAGACCUGGUUCACACUGGCGGCAAUGAAAAUGAAGCUGUUGCCGAGACAGGGAACCUAGAAUUGGUAAACCCUCUCUUGGAAGUAAGCGCGCAGCUCGCCCAAGAGCUAGACUCCCGCACUGCGGCAGUUUGCGAUGAUAUGAUACUAAUUAUCUCUAGCAGAUCAUUUUCCAAAAUUUAUCAAUAGAAUAGUUCCUUUCAGAACCAAUGAUAUUGAGCAAUAUAUUCCUAAGAUUGCACUAGAAAUAACUAUCUGGGCUAGAGGGAAUGAACAGUCAGUGAUGCCAUUUGAAAUGACAAUGACUACUGGGCGUUACCUUUCGAGACUUGUUUCUUUCUUGAAUGCGCAACGUUCCUAUCUUCAUUUGAAUUCGGCAGAAGUUUCUGGCUUUGUUCAUGAGAUCUUAUUUGAGAUGGACUUGAACUUUUCCAGUGAACAUCCAAGCAUAGUGAUUAUGGAGAGUCUGGAGAGAAUGUAUCCCUGGUUCAUAUUCUCUCCAUUGGGAGGUGUGGGGGCAGAAUGGUUCGCAGAGAAUGGUCACUGUCCUAGGGUGACUAUCCAAGGCCUCAGCUCUGAGAUAACUGAAGAACUUCGGCGUUCUUGGAACGCAAUGUUAUUCUCCUAUGAGUCUGCUUGCUUGGGGAUGGCUAGAGAAUUUGUCACCCAGGGACGCCUUCUUACACAGAUAGGGCAGUACGCUAGCGCACGUGCAAUGUAUCUUCUUGCAAACUGUUGGAUGACUCAGGAUGCAUUUCCAUCAGAUAGAGUCUUCGAUGUAGAAGCUUUCAAUAUUUUCACUAGUAAUGAAAGAUCACUGCUCUACGAAACCUUGAUAGCGUUAUCAGAGCUCUCACUCAAACUUGGUCGAACUUCCGAAGCACACGAUGCCCUCGUCUAUCUAAAGCAGGAACUCCAGAUUUCGCAAUCGCCAAAUGCCAACUCAUUCAGGAGCGAAGUCGACGUUCUUCUGGUCGAAGCAUUGCGUCAGAUAGAUGUGUCCAGCCAAGCUUUGCAUCUUGAGGAACCAGAUGUCCCACAAGGUUCAGUCGACAUGUAA